AUGCAGAUAUCCGUGAAGAACCCGACGACCGGCAAGACCAUCACGCUCGAGGUGGACUCGUCCGACACCAUCGAAAAUGUGAAGGCGAUGAUCCAUGACAAGGAGGGCGUGGCCCCCAAUCAACAACGCCUCAUCUUCGCCGGCAAACAGCUUGACUCUCACCGCACCGUGUCCGACUAUAACUUGCGGAAGGGUUCGACAGUGUUCCUAAUGUUCCGCGUCCUCGACGGGAUGCAAAUAUUUGUCAAGACCCUGUCAGGCAAGACGAUCACCCUGGAGGUCAAGCCGUUGGACACGAUUCGCAACAUCAAAGCGAAGAUUCAAGCCAAGGAAGGGAACCCGCCCGACCAGCAGCGCAUCAAGUUCGCCGAGGAGCAGUUAGAAGACGAUCGCACGCUCUCGGAUUACAACAUUCAGUGGAACAGUACCUUGCAGCUCGUCGGCCGCUUUCAGAUCUUUGUAAAGACCGUCGCUGGAGAGACCACCCCUCUCGAGGUCGUAUCCUCCGACACCAUCAAAGACGUAAAGGAGAAAUAUCGGGACAAGGAGGGCGCCGUCCCCGCCCAGCAGCGUCUCAUCUUCGCCGGCAAAGAGCUUGAAGAUGACUGCAUCUUGUCCGACUACGGCAUCCAGAAGGAUUCAACCGUGCAUCUCGUCCUUCGUCUCCCUGGUAUGCAGAUCUUCGUCAAGAGCUACACGGGCAAGACGAUUACCAUAGAGGCCAAAUCGUCGGACACGAUCGGCUGCGUCAGGGAGAGGAUCCGGGACACGAAGGAGAUCCCAUCCGACUACAUCUUGAAGUUCGCCGACAAAGAGUUGGAGGACGAUCGUAUGCUCUCGGAUUACAACAUUCAGUGGGACGACACUCUACAUCUCACUCGCUAUUUCCAGAUCUUCGUCAAGACCAUGAUAGGGAAGACUGUCACCCUCGAAGCUGAAUCGUUCGACACUGUCGAAAAUGUGAAGGCGAAGAUUCAGGACAAGGAUGGCAACCCUCCACAUAAGCAGUGCUUGAUCUUUGCAGGCAAGCAGCUCGUGGACGGCCGCACUCUUUCGGACUACAACAUCCAGAAGGAGUCGACCCUGCACGUUGUUUGGCGUCAGUUUGGUGGCAUGCAGCCAUCCGUCGGGACCCUUCCGAGCGAGCCGAUCGCCUUGGAUGUCGAGUCGUCAGACACAGUCGCGGCAAUUUAG